AUAAAAGUAAGAAACAUUCGGAUACCCUGUCAUUCAGCAUGGAGCAGUGUCUCCUCGUUAAGGCACACUUUGUCAAGAAAAGGCGAAUGCGUUACCACUUGAUGAAGUGUAAAAAACAACAUCCACGCCGUUGGGAGAUCGUACAUUGCUUAUACAAUCAUAGCCAUGAUAUGAUGCCCGAAGAGCUUAUAGAGCACGAGAAGUAUUGUAAGGACGCGGUGCCAGAUGUAGAUGAGGCCAGUACAAAAACCCAUCGGUACAAUAGAUACAAGAAGCUCAAUUUAGAGAAAGAAAUUGGAACAGG